AUGUUUAAAAUAUUGGAUAAAGCAAAGACUUUGCUGUUAAAAAGGAAUAUUUCGACGUCUGGAAGGCUCCGCAGUGAGGAGUUAUUCGUCCAUAGGGACAGUAAAGACAACAAUCCUCAAACGCCAUUUGAUUUCUCCGAGGCAAAUCUAAAGAGAUUAGCAGCAGUGAUACAAAACUAUCCCGAAGGUGCACAGCGAUCGGCAUUGUCUGCCGCUUUAGAUAUUGCUCAAAGGCAGAUCGGAUGGUUACCUAUAUCGGCUAUGCACAAAAUCGCUGAGCUUCUCAGUGUACCAAGAAUGAGAGUUUACGAGUGGGCUACGUUUUAUACCAUGAUCAAAAGGAAAUUCAGAGGAAAAUUUAAUAUCAAGGUUUGCGUGACCACGCCGUGUAUGCUGCGAGGUUCGGACUGUAUUCUCCAGGUUGUGGAAGAGGAGACCUGCUGUACUGUUGGAAACGUGUCGAAGGACGGAUUGUUUGGCGUAGACAUCGUACAGUGCCAAGGAGCCUGCGUCAAUGCACCGGUCGUAGUUGUGGAUGAUGAUUAUUACGAAGACGUGACCAUUGCAGAUGUGCAGAAUAUUAUACAAUGUUUAAAAUCCGGUGGAAUACCACAAUGGGGACCCCUAUCUGGAAGGUUUGCAUCUGAGCCUAUAUCGGGGCCAACGACUUUGCUGACGCCCCCUCCACAACCCGGAUUCGGUAUUCAAGAAGCCCUGUUGACACCAUCCUGUAAUCCUGGGAAUCCAUGUGCACCGUCGACUAAAUAAAUGAAUUGAGCAUUA